AUUUUUUAUAAGUAAAAGCAAAUCGUUUAAUGUGCCUAGUAUACUUAUAAUGUAGAAAGAUGUAUGCAGAGCGUAUAUGAAUGUUACUUUUGCAUAAGACAGAGAGGAGCAAAAUUUUGUACGUCUUUCUACGGAACGUUAUAAACAUGACACUUCUUCCAUUAACCCAAUCAGACAACGGUUUUUAAAUCACGAAAAAAAAAAUUUAGAAAACAUUGUCUGUUGAUACGGAAGUAUCAUAACGUAAAGCGUAACAUAAGGCUAAAGAAUCAUAUUUUUGUAUUGCUUUUAAUGAGUCGUUGUCGCUAGAUCAUCUCCUUGAUCUCUCCGUAAUAUCUAGUACAAUAUUUUUCUGCCACGAAUUAAGCUAUACGCGCAAUACCGUUAUAUAUUUUUCUACUCUAUAUUUUUGCAAAUAGAAAUUACGGAUAUACUUAGUUAUUGUGAUAAAGUGGAUGAUUAACGUAAAAAAAUUUUUUGCAAUAAUUUUGUUUUUAUCAGUACAUUAUUUUUAUGUAAAACACUAUGAUGAUUUUCUAAUACCCUCAACUUUGACGUCAAUUUCACCCCGUUAAUGUUGACCAUUGCUAAUAAAAAAAAAAAAUACUUUCUUGCCUACUUUACAAAGUUUCAAUAAAAUUAGCGAGUCACGCAAGUAAAACAGUUUUACUUGUAGUGAUAUACGAGUAUAUACGUAUAUACAUUAUACGACAGUUAUCAUUAACGUUUUCCGUUUAUUAUUCCGUUUAUUAUUUAUUAAGUAAUGUACUUAAAGCCGAUGUAUAUAAGCCGGACUAAAAGCAGCGACACAGUUGCUGAAAGUUCAGUAAAGAAUUGACUGGAAAGCGUGUCUCGAGAGACGGCAAACAAGAAAAGGAGAACGAGCAAAGGGAGAAACGGAAAAAGAAAAAGAAAGAGAAAAUAAGAAUGUUCAUUUUCAUCUUUUCCUCUUAUUAGCUUGAAGUGUCAAUAGGUUUUAUAAAAUAGUGCAACAUGGAUAAGGAUACGAGCGACAUGAAGGAAAACCCCAGGGAGAAGGCCAAUUUUUUUAGUAUUAUAUUCUUCUGGUGGAUGCGAGAAUUAUUCAUGAUUGGCAUUAAGCGUGAUUUGAAGGAAUCUGACAUUUAUCAACCAUUAAAAGCAGACGAAUCUGAAAGACUGACUGAUCAUCUUGAAAAAUACUGGAAUUACGAGUUGGAUAAAUUGAAGAAACUGGAAUACACCGUAGGCAAAGACGGAGAGAAGGUGCCGUUGAAAAGAAACGCUCGCCCGAGAUUAUACAAGGCCAUCUGCAAAGCCUUUUGGUUACCAUAUUUCAUAAUUGGAAUCUACUUAUUUAUCCAAUGCAGUAUAAUACGCGUAGUACCACCAAUCCUUCAGGGUUGGAUCAUCAAUUACUUCUCCAGAAAUACGACCGGAACAAACAAGAUACAAUUGAACGAUGCGUUGAUCUACGUCGGUGGCUUGGUUAUUUGCUCUAUCAUUUCCGUUAUAAUAAUGCAUCAAACGGUCGUAUUGUCGCUGCAGUUUGGCAUGAAAAUACGUGUCGCCUGCAGCUCUCUCCUCUACCGAAAGUUAUUACGAUUGAACAGAGCAUCCAUGAACCAAACUGGUACUGGACAGAUCAUAAAUCUUCUCAGUAAUGACGUCACUCGUUUUGAUCAGUUAAUGAUGUUUCUAAAUUAUUUGUGGAUCAUGCCUCUUCAGAUCGUGAUCGUAGGUUCUAUAAUGUGGCAACGAAUCGGUAUUUCGACACUUGUCGGCAUCGGAUUGCUGUUAAUCAUCGCUCUGGUAGUACAAGGGACCUUCAGUUUACUCAGCCGUAAAAUUAGAACCAUGAUCGCUCCUCUGACCGACCAAAGAGUGCAGCGGAUGAGCGAACUCAUAGCUGGAAUACAGGUGGUGAAGAUGUACGCCUGGGAGAAACCAUUCAGCACGAUCGUCUCGGUGACCAGACAACUGGAGAUCAAAAUAAUUAAAUUCUCAUCAUACGUGCGCGCCGCGUAUUUGGCCAUAACGGUCUUCACCGAGCGAUUGAUCCUCUACUUCACCUUAAUAGCAUUCGUCCUUCUGGGUCAUGAUCUGACUGCUGACGUGGCUUACGAAACGAUGACAUACUUCAACAUGCUUCAACUCACAGCUGCAGUGUUCUUUCCGCAAGCGCUGAUAUUAGUAGGCGAAUCGAUGGUGUCUAUGAAUCGAUUGGAGGAGCUUCUAUUGAUGGACGAAGUAAACGUGGGACGCUCGGAAAAGAAUUUACUGCAAUCUAAGUCUCAGAAAUCAGAUGAUGCUAAUGGUGCAGAAAAUCAAACGGACAAGUACAUUUCAAAAAAUGGAAAUAUUGGAUUUUCCGAGUCUCAUGGAUCCGAUUUUCCAGUCUGCGUGAAGCUUCAGUGCGUUUCUGCCAACUGGAUUAAUGGCCAAUUACCGCCAACUUUAUGCAAUAUCAACUUAACCAUCAAGCCAGGCCAGCUGUGCGCUAUGGUUGGUGCAGUGGGUUCUGGCAAAUCAUCCAUGUUACAUCUAUUGCUGAGGGAGUUGGAUCCCGGCGCAGGUUCCGUAAUCCUCAUUCAGGACCCUUCAAAGAAUAUCAUUCGGGGUAAUCUAGCCAACUACUAUACGGACAAUCCGAAUCUGCGCAUCUCCUACGCCAGCCAGGAACCCUGGCUCUUUGGCGGUACUGUGAAAGAUAAUAUAUUGUUUGGCCAACCCUAUGACAAGGCUAGAUAUACUCAGGUGGCAAAUGUGUGCGCCUUGACAAAGGAUUUUCGGCAGUUUCCACAAGGGGACAUGACCAUAGUCGGCGACAGAGGGGUAUCUCUGUCCGGAGGCCAAAGGGCGCGUAUCAAUCUCGCAAGGGCAGUUUACAGGCAAGCGGAUCUUUAUCUGCUCGAUGAUCCCUUGAGCGCAGUAGAUACUCGCGUUGCUAAGCAUCUUUACUGGAAAUGCAUUAAUGAAUAUCUCCAGGGCAAGACGAGGAUACUUGUUACACAUCAGCUGCAAUUUCUUAAACGUGCGGAUUACAUUGUGGUAUUGGAUCGAGGUUUCAUAAAGAUGCAAGGAAGUUAUAAUGAAUUAGUACAGUCAAAUAACGAUUUUGUUGGGAUGAUGAACAGUUUGAAUUACGAAGCUCAGAAAAAAGAAGAGGAGUCUAGAAAAGUUUCGGAAAUGACUACAAGAAGAAUUUCGCUAAUGCGACGUGCCUCGGAAAUAUCUGCAAGGCGAAUUUCGCUAAUGAGACGUGCAUCGGGAUUAUCAAUCGCAAGUUCCACUAUUCAUUCGGACAUCGAUGAGGAUUACAUAGAGAAUACUCCGGAAGGCGAAAUGAUGGCACACGGCCAAAUGUCUAGCAAGGUGUACAAGAAAUAUUUCCAUCACGGCGCGAACUACUUCGUCCUGUUCAUAUUGCUCCUAUUCUUCGUUAUCAGCCAGGUUGCCACCACCGGGAAUGAUUACUGGCUCUCAUAUUGGACGAACUUGGAGAACGUCAGACGUAUGAAUGACACUAAUAAAGACAUUCAUAAAGACAAAAAGUUCGCGUAUAUGUAUAACAAUAGCUUCCUGGGAUCAAUCUUCACGCUGAAUUCAAACGGUCUGCUCGGUACCAUAGAUGCUAUAUACGUAUAUACAUUUUGCAUCAUCGCUUGCACAAUUACUACGCUUUUCCGCAGCUUCCUCUACAUGAAAAUCUGUAUGAACUCAAGCAUUAAUCUCCAUAACAUCAUGUUCUCCAAUCUACUAGAAGCGCGUAUGACCUUCUUCAACACCAAUCCUUCUGGGAGAAUUUUAAACAGAUUUUCGAAGGACAUGGGCACCAUGGACGAAAUACUGCCCAAAGCAAUGUUAGAGGUACUCCAAUUGGGUUGUGUAGUAUGUGGUAUGUUUACCAUGGAGGCCAUAAUUAAUCCAUGGAUGCUGAUACCGAUAAUAUUAUUAGUUAUUUUAUUUUUCUUCAUGACGAAGUUUUAUCUGAGGACCGCUCAGAACGUCAAACGUCUCGAAGGCAUAAUGAAAAGCCCGAUAUUCUCGCACGUGAAUGCUACGUUAAACGGAUUACCGACGAUCAGAAGCAGCGGCGCCAUAAUUGAAAAGAUGAUGCGAAAGCAAUUUGAUGUGUUGCAAGAUCGUCAUAGCGGCACGUGGUAUCUCAUCUUAACAUGUUCUGAGAGCUUUGGUAUCUUUACGGAUUUAAUCAUGUGCCUGUUCCUCGCCUGUCUUUGUUUCUCCUUAAUAUUACUGAAUGAAACUGAAGAUAGUAAAGCAGGACUGGCAAUAUCGCAAUCAUUGAUCCUACUAGACUGUCUACAAUAUGGCAUAAGACAGACCACUGAGACGAUGUCGCUGAUGAUCUCCGUGGAAAGAAUUCUUCAGUACACGAAUCUUCCCAGAGAGAUAUCCAUUACAUCUGACAAUCCGCCGCCGGCCACUUGGCCGUCCCAAGGACAAUUAAUCUUGAAGAAUGUUACUAUGAAAUAUCACGACGAUGAUCCACCAGUUUUGAAAAAUCUGAACGUGACCAUCGAGCCUGGCUGGAAAAUUGGGGUAGUGGGAAGAACUGGCGCAGGCAAGUCCUCCUUGAUUUCGGCGCUUUUCCGAUUGUUCAACGAAGGUCUGGAGGGCGAGAUCAAGAUCGACAGUAGAGACACGAGUACGGUAGACUUGAACACUCUACGUUGUAAGAUCUCCAUCAUACCGCAGGAACCAGUGCUCUUCUCAGAGAGCUUGCGUUACAAUCUGGAUCCUUUCAAUCAAUAUGAUGACUUGAAGCUGUGGGAGGUGCUCCGACAGGUCGAGUUGAACGACGUCGCGCUGGACAAAGAUAUCUUCUACGGCGGUCAUAAUUUCAGUGUUGGCCAGAGGCAGCUCAUAUGUCUGGCCAGAGCCAUUCUGAGGAACAAUCGCUUGCUUGUUCUCGAUGAGGCCACGGCCAAUAUUGAUUCACACACUGAUGCUUUAAUUCAGGAAACAAUAAGGAGCACUUUUAAAGAAUGUACCGUUAUCACCAUAGCACAUCGAUUAAAUACUAUUAUAGACAGUAAUCGGAUUAUUGUGAUGGAAAACGGAUCUAUUGUGGAAUUUGGCUGUCCAUACGAACUAUUGCGUGACAAACCAAAAGGUUAUUUUUCACAAAUGGUGGAGAAGACAGGAAAUCAGAUGGCGCUAAGUCUUUUGAAGCAAGCAAAGAAGGCUUGCCAGAAGAAUAAUGAUCAACAUGAAUUGAGCUCGACACAAAAUACCGAGAACGAGAGUGACGUUACAAUCACGGAAGAGUCUGCUUUAUAGAUUUUUCCUUGCACAAAAAAAUGUAUAUGUGUAUAAAAGAUUGCAUAUGUAUACAUAUUAAUUUUCUUUUGCCAGUUUUGUACACGAUCAAAUUUGUGAA